AUAAAUUUAAAUUUUACAAACACAUCGUGUCCAAAUUUUUCAAAAAUUAAUUUGAAAAUUUUACAAACUCACUGAUAAACCAAAUAACAAGCGCUCACGUGCCGGUGGACAAUACAGGCAGGCGGAACGGUUUUUUUUUGUUGAACGAUUGCGUUUGAAUUUUCGCAACAAAUGGCUAAUCAAAAUGGGCAAUUAAUUCUGCAAACUUUGCAAAAUCUAGAAGAACCAGUAACGGUCAGCAAAAUUGUAACGCAUAUCGCUGCCACAGCUGGCGUGCAUCCCAAUGAGGUCAAGGAAUCAGUGCAAGAGACUUUAAAUGGUGGCGUCCGCUACGGCUUUAUACAACGCUCCCAGCGGAAGUACUAUGCCGCACCGGUUGACUUGGAUAUGAUCGUUGCCGAAGAAGCUGGCGAACUAGAACCGAAAGAUAAUAAAGAUAACUCCGAGGACAGUGGUGGCGAGUUGGAAGGUCGUGGUAUGCGGCGACGAAAGAGACGCGCUGCUCGUAGCCGGAGCCGCAGUCGACGCGGUUCGAGACGUCAUCGACGCCGCUAAAUUGUGGAAUUACUAAUGAAUAAUUUGAAUUUUUAUAUUUUGAUGUGUCUUUCUUUAUGCGUACUUGCAUUUACAUACAUAGUAUGCAUAUGUAGUAAAUGUACCCUUAUUGUACUUGUGCAUUUAUUUACGCAUAUUUUGUAAAAAUUGUGAAAAUUUAAUAAAAUUGGCUAUAAUUUCGAUAAAACCUAAA